AUGGCUCGAGACGGGGAAGUGGUGCCGGUGGACCCACAAGCGGUGGUGGCCGUGAAGAAGAAGUCGUCUCGGAGUUGGGUUUUGCUGGACUGUACGGGAAAAGCUACAGUCUUGGACGUGGACAAGUAUGCCAUCAUGCACAGAGUUCACAUUCACGCUCGCGAUCUUCGCAUUGUCGAUCCUUUGCUUUCUUACCCUUCCACCAUUCUCGGCCGCGACAGGGCUAUAGUUCUCAAUUUGGAGCAUAUUAAAGCAAUAAUCACUGCUGAAGAGGUGCUGCUUCGGGAUCCAGUGGAUGAAAAUGUUAUCCCUGUUGUUGAAGAGCUUCAAAGACGGUUGCCUCCUGUAAAUGCCAUACAUGAAAGCCAAAAAGAUGGGAAAGAGUUCCCUGCUGGGCAAAUUGAUGUAGAUGCCGGUGAAGAAGAUGAGUCUCCAUUUGAGUUCCGGGCCUUGGAGGUAGCUUUGGAAGCAAUUUGCAGUUAUCUUUCUGCACGUACGACAGAACUGGAGACUGCUGCUUAUCCUGCUUUAGAUGAGCUUACCUCAAAGAUUAGCAGCCGCAAUUUGGACAGGGUUCGUAAAUUGAAGAGUGCAAUGACAAGGUUGACUGCUCGCGUACAAAAGGUAAGGGAUGAGCUUGAACAGCUGUUGGAUGAUGACGAUGAUAUGGCUGACCUUUACUUGUCAAGAAAGUUGGCUGGUGCAUCUUCACCAGUUAGUGUCUCUGGUCCUCCCAAUUGGUAUCCUGCCUCCCCUACCAUAGGCUCAAAAAUAUCUCGGGCAAGUAGAGCAAGCAUUGCCACUGUUCGUGGAGAUGAGAAUGACGUUGAGGAACUUGAAAUGUUACUUGAGGCUUAUUUUAUGCAGAUUGAUGGCACCUUGAACAAAUUAGCUACGCUGCGUGAAUAUAUUGAUGAUACAGAGGAUUAUAUCAAUAUUCAGCUUGAUAACCACAGGAAUCAGCUGAUUCAGCUUGAGCUUUUUCUCAGUGCUGGGACUCUAUGUAUGGCCAUAUUUUCAUUGGUGGCUGGAAUUUUUGGCAUGAAUAUCCCUUAUACGUGGAAUGAUGGUUACGGAUACAUGUUCAAAUGGGUUUGCAUUGUCACGGGAAUAGUCUGUGCUUGUGUGUUCAUAAUUAUCAUGUCAUAUGCUCGCUUCAAGGGGUUGGUCGGGUCAUGA